CAUGAUUACUGGUCGUACCUAGAUAGUCACGCCUAAUAUGGUAAAUUUCUUCAGGCUGUAUCUUUAGAUACAAAGUCUCUCCCAAGUCUCCCUUGCAGUGGUUGGCGGCUAUUCUGUGUUACCAUUAGGUUCGCAACAGUCCAUGUCCCCACUAAAAGCCCUAGAAACACUGCGAAGAGGUAGCUGUGCUGCAAAACAACUGUCAUGUAUAGUGACGAAGAUGGAGCUGCCUCCAAGGAAAGCGAGGUAGCCUAUAACGCCCGCAUUCGGCUACUGGUAUCGAUGACCGAGUUCCUCUCAUGGCUGGGACUUGCAGCAGCUGUCACAGACGUUGCGAAUUAUCGAGUGUAUUCCUCCAGUCCUUCCUAGUCACAACAGGCCUUGCUACACGAUAGUAAACAACUCUGCGCAAUGUUUUUCGAUUAUUUCGUUAGUCUGACUUGAGGUCAUCACCACGAACUCAUCGGCUGUGUCGAGCGUAUCGAGAACGAUCAGAUCAUCCACAGAUUGUGAUCGACUAGAGAGAAUUGCAAUCAGUAAAAUUCUCUAUCAUACUCCACGUGGGGCUUACCUGGCAUCGACUGCGUUUGUACUAAUUUCAAGCUCUCUUUUGGCGUGUCAUUACGGAGAUCAGCACCAAAAAAUGGGAUUAUACUUACUCUACCC